CCCGGAUUUCCAAGACUCUCGAAUCAAUGAGCCUUUUGGUUACGCCAAGUUAGAUCGGUUCGCUCUUUUAACUCGAUUAUCAGUGGUCGGUCCACCGCUUCAACAACCUUUCCUCCUCCACAAGCCACCGGACAAAUUUGUUACUUCCACGGAAGAAACCCUAAUUUCUAAUUCCCGAGACACAUAAACUAAUCAGUAAUCGAAAAGGAAGUGAUUCAAAGUUACGAAAUCAAGAGAAUGGUGGGCACGAACUUGAAAGCAGACACAAUGAAGCUAAUGGAGCAGAGGAGCGGAUUGGAGGCUGAAAUGAACGUCAUUAUCGAACGUCUCACCCAGCCCGGCGGUCCUGGCCUUUCCGGAAACCUUGUUGAUUCUGAGGGAUUUCCCAGGUCUGAUAUUGAUAUUCCUUCUGUGAGAGCUGAUCGUCUCAGGCUUUCUGUGCUGCGUAAUGACCACAAAGAUAUCACGGAGAAAAUAAACCAGAACAUUCAAGUCUUGCAUUCCGCAAGGCUUACUUCGGCAAGUAAAGAGACAGGUGAUGCUGGUACUACUGAUUUGGCCCCUUCUGGGACUUAUUCCACAAACGCUCCUGCAAGUGCUUUUAAUUUUGAUGUCAUUGUGAGCAGACCCUUUGCUAUGGUUGAUGAAAUAUCCGAAGCAUCACCAGCUGCAGAAGAUGGCUUGCAACUUGGGGAUCAAGUUCUGAAGUUCGGGACUGUAGAAUAUGGUGAAAAUCUAUUGCAAAGACUUGCUGCUGAAGUGCAGUCGAAUCAAGGGCAUGCAGUUCCAAUGCUGAUCUUGAGGCAGGGAGCUAAAGUCAACUUAACAGUGACACCAAGAGCCUGGCAGGGACGUGGCCUUAUGGGAUGUCAUUUCCAGAUCAUAUAAUGGACUGCAGUUGCUGUUGUAGAUCUUUGGUUGGAACAACAUGCUCCUGCUAAAUUUUUGCGUCAUGGGAAGCAUAGUUAAUCUUCAGAACUGUUUUUCUAUUUCUCCCUUAGUAAUCGCAUCUCCAUGGGCACAAAGCGGGCGAAUGUUUUAUAUUUGUUUACCGCGUAAAUGAUUAGCACACUUGUGGAAUAUCGGAUACCUGGAUCAACAACCCUAAUGAAUUUUUUUUUGUUCUAGUUAGUGAUUUGAUUUCAUUGAGUUUUCUCUCGGUUUUGUAUCACAAAAGAAAACUAGUCCACUAGGUGAAACAAGAAAUAUGCUUAGAGAAAACAAAACAAUCACAUAUCUAAAGCAAAACAAUAACAUUGUAAGCAUCCUGGAAGAAUGCUAGGAUAAUCAAAACGCCAAAUCAAUCUGUUUUUGUUCGAUGAAAGAAGAGAUUUCCGACAAACACAUGAAUUGGAUUUCCUUUUGUCCAAAUUCAUCAAUUACAAUUUGAAGAACAACUAGGUCAGAAACACAAUGCCAAAAGGGUGGCAUCGGCUGGAACUCGUGGAAGUCUGUUUCGAAUAAUGAUCACCUGUCCCCCACGUCUCCGAGGAUUGGACAUUGUUUCCGCAACUCUUCUUCUAAUGGUGAUCACCUUUCUGGGAGGACGUCUCUCAGAACCGGACGCUGUUUCUGCAACUCUCUCUCUAAUCACAAUCCUACGCUGCCCAUGAAUCUCAGAACCGGGCGUGGUUUGCGGAUUUCCGAUCCGGAAUCUUGAGACACCAUCAUCAGCAACGCGGAACAUCAGUUUGAGCCGCUUCACAGGGUUGCGCUGCUCACCCUCGUCGUCGUCCACCGCCAGACUCCGACCGCCGUCGACCUCCUCAUCCACAGCUUUCUUGACAUCCUCAGAGAGCGCCAUCACAACUAGUAGCCCUUAAUUUCUCUCUUAGAAUCGGUUUGGAAGUUUCCAAAUUGCGAGCUUAUCGGAAUAGAGAGAGAGAGCGAGAGAUAAAUCUUGUGCAAAAGCAGAGGUGAACUUGGUUUAUAUAGGCCACGUUAAGGUCGGUGGCGUUCGUUUCCUAGUUUUACUUGAAUUUGGACAACUUGGGAAUUUGGCAAUCUAAUUAAUC